AUGAUGAACAGCGGUCCGAGUAAUCAUAUGAUGUCCUCAGCGGCGGCGUCUGGAAACAACGCGCCGUCGCCUGGCCUGAAGACGUAUUUCAAGACCCCAGAAGGUAAGUACAAGCUUCAGUACGAGAAGACUCAUCCGACGGGCCUUCUGCACUACGCCCAUGGGAAAACUGUCACUCAGGUGACGAUAGCACAUCUCAACGAAAAGCCAAUGCAGGCUCCAUCUCAAUCAUCUUCGAGCUUGGGUGUAAGCAGUGGCGUAAGGUCAGCAGCAGCAAGGUUAUUGGGUGGUGGGAAUGGGAGUAAAGCACUGAGUUUUGUAGGAGGUAACGGUGGAAGUAAACCCUCAACCAGUAACAGUCCUAGAAUAGGAUCAUUAGGGGCUUCGAGUUCGAAUAAUAUGGCUGGUAAUAUGAAUUUCGAUGUGAAAGGGACCUACUUGAUAUUCAAUGUUGGUGAUGCGAUUUUCUUGAGUGACUUAAAUUCUCAGGAUAAGGAUCCUAUAAAGUCUGUACAUUUUAGUAAUUCGAAUCCGGUUUGCCACGCGUAUGAUCCUGAUGCUAAAGAUGGGCAUGAUUUGCUUAUUGGUCUGAACUCUGGAGAUGUUUAUGCUGUCUCUCUUAGACAACAAUUACAAGAUGUUGGAAAGAAGCUUGUGGGGGCUCAGCAUUAUAAUAAAGAUGGUUCUGUUAAUAAUAGUCGAUGUACCAAUGUUGCAUGGAUUCCCAAUGGUGAUGGGUCUUUUGUUGUUGCACAUGCAGAUGGUAAUAUGUAUGUAUAUGAAAAGGCAAAUGGCUCUGGUGAUCCCUCAUUCCCUGUGAUCAAGGACCAAACUCAAUUUUCUGUAUCACAUGCACGCUAUAGUAAGAACCCGGUUUCUCGAUGGCACGUGUGUCAAGGUUCGAUAAAUGGCAUCGCAUUUUCGGCAGAUGGUGCUUAUUUAGCCACAGUUGGAAGGGAUGGUUACCUCCGAGUAUUUGAUUACAGAAAUGAGCAACUCAUAUGUGGUGGGAAAAGCUAUUACGGCGCUCUUUUAUGUUGUGCGUGGAGCAUGGAUGGAAAAUACAUUUUGACUGGUGGUGAGGAUGACCUUGUUCAAGUGUGGAGUAUGGAAGAGCGAAAGAUUGUCGCGUGGGGUGAGGGACACAACUCGUGGGUUAGUGGAGUGGCAUUCGAUUCGUAUUGGGUGCCCCCUAAUUCAGAUGGCGUUGCUGAAAAUGUUGUUUACCGUUUUGGCUCUGUUGGUCAGGACACACAAUUGCUAUUAUGGGACCUAGAAAUGGACGAGCUCGUGGUCCCAGUUCGCCGCCCGCCUGGCGGGUCCCCCACCUUCAGCGCCGGCAGCCAAUCGGCCCACUGGGACAAUGCUGGCCCAAUCGGCACCUUACAGCCCGCCCCAAGCAUGCGGGACAUCCCAAAGCUGUCCCCACUGGUGGCCCACCGAGUCCACACGGAGCCUCUCUCGGGUUUAAUAUUCACUCAAGAAUCGGUACUCACGUCUUGCCGUGAGGGCCACAUCAAGAUUUGGACAAGACCCGGUUUUGGCGAGUCGGGUGGCUCGGAUUCCUUACUGAGCACGAGCUUGAAAGAAAAAUCGUGCGGGCCCGGGAAAGUUGGGGGUGCGCCGGGCUACAAGUGA